UUACAGCGGGGUCCCGAGGGAGGGGAGCGAGCGCGGGGGCAGCGCCGGCAGCCGGAGCCGAGGCUGAGCGGACCCGACCCUCCGCGGGCCGACCCGGGCGCCCGUCCCGAGCGGGCCCGGGGGCCAUGGCUUCCCCCUACCCGGUCCCGGGGGCCACGACCGGCGACAGCGGCGGGGAGCUGAGCUCAGGGGACGAGUCUGGGGACGUGGGGGACUCCCCGGCCGGCCCCGACGGCGAGGCCACCAAGAGCCUGGCGGAGCUCUUUGAGAAGGCGGCGGCUCACCUGCAGGGCCUGGUCCAGGUGGCCAGCAGGGAGCAGCUCCUCUACCUGUACGCCAGGUACAAGCAGGUCAAAGUUGGAAAUUGUAAUACACCUAAACCAAGCUUCUUUGAUUUUGAGGGGAAACAGAAAUGGGAAGCAUGGAAGGCACUUGGAGAUUCAAGUCCUAGCCAAGCAAUGCAGGAAUAUAUUGCAGUGGUUAAAAAGUUGGAUCCAAACUGGAAUCCUCAGGUACCAGAGAAAAAAGGGAAAGAAGUAAAUGCUGGGUUUGGUGGACCAGUUGUUAGUUCUUUGUAUCAAGAAGAAACUAUCAGAGAAGAAGACAAAAACAUAUUUGAUUACUGCAGGGAAAACAACAUUGACCACAUAACCAAAGCCAUCAGAUCAAAAAAAGUGGACGUGAACAUGAAGGAUGAAGAGGGCAGGGCUCUACUGCAUUGGGCAUGUGACCGAGGACAUAAGGACCUAGUAACAGUCCUACUGCAAUAUACAGCUGACAUUAACUGUCAGGAUAAUGAAGGCCAGACAGCUCUACAUUAUGCUUCUGCCUGUGAGUUCUUAGACAUUGUGGAACUGCUGCUGAAGUGUGGAGCUGACCCCACCCUACGAGACCAGGAGGGCUGUCUGCCUGAGGAGGUGACAGGCUGUAAAGCUGUCUCUUUAGUACUGCAGCAACACACAGCUGGCAAAGCUUAACUCCACAGCUGGGAAGCUGCAGCCUUUACUAGUCCAGGGCUUCAAUAUGAAAGAAAACUACAAUAAUAACCCUUCUCUGCCACUCUUCUUUGGUAUGCAUUGGCUAAUGAGGAAUAGGACACUCAGAGAUGUUGACUGGUGGUUCACAGCCUCGGCGAUUCAUUCUAUCUGCAAACACUGGGGAGAAUAGAUGAACUUAAGUGUAGUACAUAGUAUAAUCUAGUUCUUUUGAGCAUGCUCUGAUACUUAUCACUGCUCAAGAGGGCGGGGAAAGGAAGCAGAUCAUCUUUCACAAUAUUAAAUGUGGCUGCUCUUUAAAAUAUAGAUAUGUAAGCAAAAAGUGACCAUUUUAUACAGAAAAUGAGGGCAUCUAUUCAUGAAAUACCUUAUUUAGUGGUAACCAAAUGGGCAGCACCGCUAACACAACUGGACUAAGUAGACAUUCCAAGUAUACUCCUCAUUUGACAGACAAUUUUGAGACAGGAAGAGGAGGUAAUGAUCAAAAACAAUAAGGAAAAAAGUUUGUUUGCAUUCUCUGAGAGAUGUGGUAGGUAUAAAGAAAAUCAGCUGUUUUAUGAAAACCUCCAAACCUUGUGUGUUUUAGAAUAGGAUCCAGUAGGUUCUCUCAGAGGAAGAGAUGUUGAUGAUGGACAAAGCACCAGUUAAGCCAGUAUUCUUCUCCUAACCAGCUUGGGGGAAGGAGAGAGAGGGAUCUUCUUAGUACCCAACCCUCUCCCUCCAGAUAUAAUGCUUAUGUCAGAAAGACUUCAGCAUUAUGUUAAGUAAGAGUCUUUUAAAGUCUAGUGUGAAAUGGUGCUUUUGAGCGUGGAGUGGACACCAAGAUAACCUCUCUUGUUCUAAAAGCGUGUGGGUGCUUUUUUAAGCACUGUGUCAGUGUCCAUCCUGGGUUCUAAGUUUGCCUUUUUAUCCUGGCUCAGCCUAAUCCAGGAAAUUCUUUUGAAAGCUAUUAUUGUACAAAUCAAGCAGCUCAUUCAGUAGGAAGUUGGUUUUAGGUUUGUCAUCAAUAUCAUCAGAAUAGUAGCAGGAAGUGUCUCAGAACUUUGGUUGGUAUUGAAGCUUUCCAUCGGCUUGUACCCCCCAGGGAGUGCUUCCGUGGCAGAAAUCUGGCAUGUUGAGUAGUGCCUCUCCUGUUGGAUUGCUCUCAAGCUUACUUGAAGACUUAGGUCUUCUAGGAUAUUGACCAGCAUCUUUUACCAGUAUUCAUUUUUUUAAUCGCUUAAAAAUCUGGCAUGCAUGUUAGAGCCUCCUGAAGUUUCACUGGCAUUCCUAAAGGACUGUUAUCAUUACCUUGGAGCUCCUCUCACAGCAUUCAGGCUACACCACAGCUCACUUUUGCUUUAUUAUGCUGUGUAUCGUUAUGUGUGUAAGAAUCCUCCUCUCCUAGUUGCAGCCAAAAUGUAAAAAUUGUUGCAUGCCCUUUUAAAAUUAAUGUUAUUUUGUGCACAUCAGUAACAGAGCAAAUUUAGUAAAGUUUUUGUUCUAGACAGACUGAAAGGGCAACUGCUUGGGCCCAUUGACUUCUGUUCACCUGAUUCUGCAAACAUUUAUUAAGCGUCUUCUCUGUGCAAAACACUGUUGUCUUUUGUCAACAUUUGGUAGUUUCACCUUGUUAUAUAUUAGCCAAGAUUUUAGUUUUCUCUUCUCUAACAUCAAAACAAAGUCAAUGGGAUUUAAUUUAUUUAUUUCAUUUUAAGAUUUUUUGAGUUCACUUUUACAACUUUAGGUCAUUAAUUGAAUAUAACUGUUAGCUUAGAAAUAUCAAAUGCAUUUAUAAAGCCAGCUUCAAAAUGUUUAACUCUUUUAUGAAGUUACCAAGAUUUGAAUUCAGGAAACUGUUUUCCAGAAGCAGUUAACAUUAUUAUCAUACACAGCAGCUUGUGAAUUAUCUCUUUUUAUCAUAAGGGCUGUGUUGGCAUUAUCCAUUACAACAGUUGAAACCUGGUUUUGAUUCCCCUUUAGCUCUUCUUGAGUUAUUCUAGAAAUAACUAUGCUCCUACCUUGAACAUUUUAGAUUAGGAUUCUUUGAGUUUCCUUGCCAAAAGUGGAGGAGCUACUCCCAAGCAAAGAAUAUAUUUUGAGGAAAAAAUCAACUAGUCAUCCAAGAACUUUCUCAUGGUGAGUACAUAAUGAGCUAAUGUUUCCAUACUACUUAACUGGAUUUUCCAGUAGUUUGGCCUAGAGAUUAUCAUGCCUGAAGUCAGGAAAUGUAGGUUUAGAUUCUGGCCCUGAUAAUCUUUGUGACUUGGAGCAAGUAUCUUUACCUGUCUAGGCCUCAGUUUCUUAUAUGAAAUGAGGGGAUUGGAUUAGACGAUUGUUCAUGCCCCUUUCAGCUCUAAACCUUAUGAAUGAACUGAUUUGAAAGAGGAAAUGUUUUAGUGUGGGUUCAGCUGUGAAUUCUGGGUAUGUUAAUAACAAUUCAAAUGAAUCAUACUGAAAAAUAUGAUGGGAAGUAUUUUGAAGCAGUUAUUUCUGGUUCCACUGUAAGAACCAACAAAAAUGUUAAGAUACCACUUAUUUUUCAGAUACCACUGUUAUUUGGGGGAAGGGAGGAAUAGUUUGAGUUUUUAUUGGCUCAGAUAUCUGAUUCCAGAUCUUUCUUGUUUGAUAUCUCUAAUGCCACAGAGCAUUGUAAAAUUUGUACCACUAUCAGUUUCUGUGGGGUUAGAGCAAUCUUUGGAUUGGAAGAAUAAAUCAUCUGUGAGUGAUGUAACUAAAAAGUUCUCAAACCUCAACUGAGAUCAUCCUUUGCACCCUUACUCUUUGGCCUUUAUCACUUUCCACUUUUUUCAUUCUGAUAUCAUUCUCAGUUCAGUACUCUACUUUAAAAUGUUGUCCUAAGUGCCCCAGUACCAGAGUCUACACAUAAAAGCACAACUGACCAUCUUUUUCCAUUUCCCAACCAAGGUACUUAAUGGAAUUUCCCUUCUUACUGAAGAUUUACUAUCAAAAUAUCACUGUUGAUUUUUUUACUCUAAUACACAUAUGUAAUAAACCUUUCAGUCUAAUAA